AUGUUCUCUAGAAUUAAACAUUGUAGAUACUUAAGAAUACAACGAGUAAACAGUAAUGGUUAUGAUCACUUAAAAAACAAUUAUUUUAUACAUAUGUCAUACCAGCAUAUGACCAAUGAGAAAAAAGAAGAGAUAAAAUAUUAUGAAGAAUAUAAAGAAGAUUGUAAUAUAUUAAGUAGCUUGAGAAAGAAUGAUUUUAAGCAUAUUCUUAAUGAUGACGAUAAAAAAGAUAUAAACAAAUUAAAAAGGAAAUUGUUGAAGUUGCUCAAGGAUUAUCACCCAGAUAUGUACAUUAAAGAAAAGAAUGUAGAACGGAAGAAAAAAAAAGAAGAAAUAUUUAUAGAAAUAUACAACAAGUAUAAAAAUAUAGAUAGGGAUUUUGAACAAAUGGGAUUCUCAGAUAUAAUUGAUGAGUCUAUAUAUGAAGACGAAGAUGACAGAAAUGAACGAAUUGAAAAAUACAAAAGAUAUUCAGAAGGAAAACGAAAGGAUAUAGCAACCAAACACAUAGAAAUGUAUAUUGUCAUAUCUAUUUUAUUAACGUUUGGAUUGGUUUUUUCCAUAUGCGUGUAUUUACCUUUUAAAGGAUCAAGUUAUGAUCUAGAACAUAUUUAUGAAAAUGUCGAAGAGAGAAAAGAUGAUAAUGUGGUAACUUGUUUUUACAAUCCUAUAAUGAGAAGAUAUGAGUAUCUACCACAAAAUAGAAAUUACAUUCCCCCCAAUCCUAGGCAGCUAUACAACUUUUACAAGAACAACUUCCCUGAACUUCCCAUAGAUGAGGACAUUUUAAAAUUGAAGCAUUUCGAAAUGAUUAAGUUACCAAAAAAUCGAGCAAAGAAAUGCAGACUUUUUUACGACGUAAAAACAAACGAACUAAUUUUUUUAAAAAAAAAAAAAAAAGAUUUUGCGGCAAUUUCAUAA